AUGAAGUUAGCCGUCCUGAUGUCCCUUGUGGGACUGGGCACUAGCCUCACAAUUGGAGCAAAUGUAAAAAACCCAAUUGCUGCCGGUCGGAUUUCACCAACGAAGCAAUUUGAGCUGAAUUUGACAUGGGAAUCGGGAGCUCCCGAUGGGGUCGCACGGGAACAAUUUCUGGUCAAUGGCCAGUUCCCUGGACCUCCACUCAUCAUGGAUGAAGGAGAUAACAUUGAGGUGACGGUGAAUAAUCUCACCCCUUUCAAUACCACAGUCCACUACCACGGUAUCGAACAGACAGGAACGCCAUGGUCAGAUGGUGUACCAGGAGUCUCACAGAGACAGAUUUUUCCUGGCAAGCAAUUUAUCUCCAAAUUCACUGUCGAGCAGCAUGGUGCAUAUUGGUACCACUCACAUACUUCUGGGCAAAUAAUGGACGGCCUGUAUGGUCCAAUCUACAUUAGGCCACGAAGUAUUCCUGGAAGCUUGGCUAAUGUCAUAACAAAUGAUACAUUCGAACAGACUCGGAUAUAUGAUGCCAUUCGGUCACCGAGCCUGGUGAUGCUUUCCGAUUGGUUUCAUAUGACAUCAGAAGAACUCCGAGAGGUCGCAAUAUCUGCCGACAUCGAUACCUUGUGUGCAGAUUCUAUUCUGAUCAACGGAAAAGGGCGGGUCAAUUGUCGCAAUCCUAAGGUUUUGACUGACAUGGUCCCUGCUUCGGUGAAAUCUGUUCUGCAAGGCAUGGAGUAUACAGUAAAAGGGUGCCUCCCACUUGCAAAUACAUAUGCCCAAACGACGUUCGCACAUAACUUCAGCGCAGUGCCACCAUCCAUGUUCUAUGAAUGCAACGCUACUAAAUCGGCGGAAGAAGUCAUCGAAGUUGACUCUUCAACUGGCUGGGCAAGUCUUGCUUUUAUCGGAUCAACUUCUAUCUCAGCCCCAUUAGUGUCCAUCAAUAAUCAUUCGCUAUGGGUCUAUGAGGUUGAUGGGUCAUACAUAAAACCUAUUAAAGUUGACGCGCUAACAAUCAACAAUGGUGGCCGAUAUUCCUGCUUGAUACAAUUGAACAAGAUCCCGGGGAAUUACUCGAUUACAGCCGCGAAUUCAGGAUUCAACCAAAAGAUUGCGGGCUUCGGUACUCUGUCCUAUAAGCAUGGACGCUCAGUGUUGACAGAACCUUCAAUCAACUACGGUGGGAUCGCAACAAAUUCGGAGGUUGUUUCACUAGAUGAAAGCGCGAUUGAAAUGUUCACUCCUAGCCAGCCUAAUCAGCAGCCGGAUGAGACCUACAUCCUCACGAUUGGCCGUAUCGAAAAGGCUUGGGAGUGGUCUCUCAACGGAAAUCACAGCUUCGGCCUAGCUAUGGAGGCCGAUCGGCCUUUUCUAUGGGACCCUCAGUCCGCAGCCAAGAGUCCUUUGACCAUCGCUACAAAGAACGAUACAUGGGUCGAUUUGAUCUUUUCCCUGUCUGGCAAUGUCUCUACGCUCCAGCCUGGUCACCCACUCCACAAGCACUCCAAUCGGGUUUAUGUUCUAGGUACCGGCUCUGGCACCUUCAAUUGGACGUCGGUCGCCGACGCUGUGAAGGCUAUUCCCGAAAAUUUCAACCUGAUCAAUCCCCCUAUGAGAGACACAUUUACGACGCUUCCUGCUUAUAAAGGUGAAAGCUGGAUGGCAAUUCGCUAUCAUGUACAAAAUCCAGGGGCAUUCUUGCUUCACUGUCACAUCGACCCCCAUCUGACGGGAGGCAUGGGGCUCGCGAUGUUAGACGGUAUAGAUUCAUGGCCUCGAAUUCCGGCCGAAUAUGGCCCCCACGGUCAGUGGGGAAGUAUAGACUGUUGA